UCCCCCUGCAGGGCAAGCUCAGAGAGUCUCUUCAGUCCCGCUGUGAACUCAGCAAGGAACGCUACGGAUUUUCUACCUGUCGUUGUUACAACCCAGUGUCACUAACUUUUAAGCUUAAACUCUCUUGGAUUUUAUUAUUGACACAACAGUUUAACUAGAGUUAGAAAUAACCUCUAACUUAUAUUUUAAAACUCGUAUUGAUAGCUUGCGCCAAAUGUUAUCAAUGAAUAAAAUAAAAACGUAGCCAGUGAAAAUUUAUGAUAAACUCAGUGCUUAAUUUAAGAAUCUUUAGAACUUAUGUAAUAGCAGUGAAGUGUUAAAAGUGAUUAAUUGUGUUGAAAGAAUGCCAGUGUAUCAAUAAGUAAAAUAAAAAAAGUAAAUAAACAAAUAGAUUAAAAAAUAGUGUUAAGAAAUAUCUUGUCAAGAUGAUGAAUACAUUUUUGGACACAGUAUCAUCGCAUCCGCAUCAUCUAGCAAAUUUAGGAAUAAAGUUGUCACCGGGUGGAACGACGACAGACUCUGGUCUAGGUGAUUCUAAUAAUGGAGUAGUUCAGCCAUCGCCAGGUGAUGCGCCUUCAUCGCAGCAGCAUCACCACUUCCAUCCACAGAGCUAUGCAGCACAUCACCCACCGCAUCCAGCGAGCCACAUGGCUCCACACAUGGGACACCAUAUGAGCCACCAUCCUGGUUACACAGCACGUGAUUUUAUCCUAAGACGCGAGCACGACUUCAACGCGACGGCCAAUCCAACUACUCCAGAAAGUGGACUAGGGUUGUUUACACCACUGCACCAUGACACGACGGGCACGGGGAUGCAGCAGUUCCCACAUCAUCCUGGUCAGCAUCCACUCGCUGCAGCAGGACACUAUCCUGGACAUUACGGCCAGGAUGCCAGAUUGCCGCACCAUCACCACCAGUACUUAGGACCACCCCAUCUAACGCCCGCAUCCAUCCACCAUCAGCAGCACCCAGUCAGUCACCCAAGUCACCAUCCGCAUGGUGCUUUCCUGAGGUAUAUGCGGACUGGUGGUGGUGCUGGAGGCUGUGCUGGUGGUAUCGGGCAGCGGCAUGAAAUGUCCUGUAUGUGGGUUGAUCAGGACACUCCUGGCGCUGGACGUAAACUCUGUGGGAAAUUAUUUAAUACCCUCCAGGAUAUCGUAACUCAUCUUACUGUUGAACACGUGGGUGGACCAGAGUGCACCACGCACGCGUGUUUCUGGCAGGGCUGCUCCAGGAAUGGCAGGGCGUUCAAGGCCAAGUACAAACUCGUCAAUCAUAUACGAGUUCACACUGGUGAAAAACCCUUUCCGUGUCCUUUUCCUGGAUGCGGAAAAGUCUUUGCCAGGUCGGAAAAUCUCAAGAUACACAAACGUACACAUACUGGAGAAAAACCAUUCAAGUGUGAAUACGAGGGUUGCGAGAGGCGGUUCGCUAAUAGUAGUGAUCGCAAAAAACAUAGUCAUGUUCACACGUCUGAUAAACCGUAUAACUGCAGAGUUGCUGGCUGUGACAAAUCAUACACACAUCCAAGCUCGUUGCGCAAACAUAUGAAGGUGCACGGAAUGACACUGGGAGAAGGAAAACUCAGUAGUGGAUAUGAAAGUGAAGGUGAAGAAAGCAGCAGCAGUGGCGGUAGUUUAUCAGUAACUGGACACACAGAAUCCCCUCAACCACCGGCAAUAGUAUCAUCAACGACAGCGUCAACCCCAGCAAAUCAAUCGGGCAAUAUAAGUAAUCAUCAUGCGUCAUCACUGAGGCCACCAGAAAUAAAUGAUUGGUUUCACUGUCAACCGCCACCGGUCGGACCACAACACAGCCCAUUAUCAGCGCCACCACCGCCCCAUCAUCUAGGUCACCACUUUAACCCCAUCAUGCAUCAUCAAGCUGCGGCUUACUGAGUAACAUAAAAAUUAGAUGUCAAAUUUACUAUCAUUAUUAUUUUUCAUUUAUCGUUAUUAGCUUCAAAUUUUUUAGUGAACACAAAAUUUAAAAUUGUUCUUAUUUUUAGUCACAAUUGUGCCUCAAUUUAAUUAAUAGCCAAAUAUAUCGAUAUUAAAUUUAAUCAAAUUUAAAUAAUUCAAUGAAAUUAAACAAGAAAAUUAUUUUUAUUCCGUAAAUCGAGUGCUAUUACACUCGAUCAAUAUUUUUUUAUUAAAGUGUUUUUAAUAAAUAAUUUGCAAUUGAUAAAUUAAUUAGUUAACUAUCGGAAAAAGAAAAAAAUAUUUGAAUUACUUAUUUAAAAAUUUUAAAAUAAAAAAAUUGAACAAUUCUACAUAGAAAAAAAGGAUUUCUUGGUAGAAAAAAUGUUUACUCGUCCCAAGAAAAUUUUUACUUACCCGAAAAAAUUUAUCGCACAGUCGACUACCCGUCAUAAUCCUGCCCUUCAUAAGCCUCUUUCCCUCAAUCGGGAGUUACUGAGUCCUACCAGCUUCCCCACUUAAUCACUCUAAAGAGUUUCGUACUAGAGAACCCGUUAUAAGCCUCCGUUAAAAUUCUCUAAAUUAUAAACUAACAAUAAGAAAAAAUAUAAAAAUUAAUGAUGAAAAUUUACUAUCUAUGUUUCGCGGAUAAUAAUUUAAUCAUUAUUAAGUAAAAUAUAAUUUAUUAUUCAUAAUUGCAAUCUUAAAUUACAUCCAAAGUAAUUUAAAUAUGCACGGAAAAAAAAAUAUUAGUAAAUAUUACUGAGAUUCUCGUCAACUGCACGCCUAGACCAAAUCUCAGUAAAUAUUACUGAGUAGAACGUAAGAAAUUAAUAACAGAUGCAUUUUUUUGACAAGUGUCUUGUAGUUUUUUAAGGUUUAAGUAGUGAUUUUAAAUACUCAAGCAACAGUAUACUUCAACGAUUAACUGUUAAUGAUAGCAGUUUAAACAUUAAAAUCAUAAUUGUACUGAUUAAAACGACGUUAGUUAUUGAACAUAAAAUAAAUAAUUACAAGUUGAACUACAAUUACUGUCAAUCAUUUUUUUCCGUGUGACGUUUAAAAUGAUAUAAAAUAUAACAGGCUUAUAACGAGUAGUCAAGAACAGAACUGAACGCACGGUAGUGGUAAGACUGAAAUUCCAAGGAAAAUUUCCUCUACGUCCCCUAGACCAGGCUUAUGACGGGUAGUCGACUGUAUUCUAAAUUUAAAUAUUUCUUGUGCCAAGAAAUUAUUUUUUUCUGUGCAAUUUAAAAAUUAUGGUCACAAAUUAUUAAAUGACUGCAAUUAAAAAAAUUUUUUUUCUUUAUUGUAAUAAAAAUUUAAUUUUUUUACGCUUAUAAAUUUAAUUGUUAUUUCAAAAGUGCACUCGUUAAUUAAAAAAAAAAAAAAAAAUAAUAAUAAAAAUAAAAGAAAGAAAACGACGAAUGAAAAAUUAUUUAUAAGUAAAAAUAAAUUAAUUUUUUGUAAAA